AUGGCAGAACCUAAAGCCCUCGAGACAACUCUCACGAAGCUCUCCCUCAACCCGACACCUUCCAAGUCUUCUUCCUCGUUUGCGAAGAAACAGAAAGCAGCACCAGCAGAUUCCUGGGAAGAAGAAGCUGAGACCUCGGGUUCUGAUACCGAAGGACCACUUUCUCCCCAGCAAUCGAACGAUUAUCCAUCUGCGCCUCCUCCUACCCCGAUUUCCCCAAGUCAUAGUCGAAAUCAAGGCUUCGAGAACCCAUAUGGAUACACCGACGGGGCCAGCGAGCGGACAGAAGGAAGAAAUGCUAGAAGCGAUGGUAGAAGACCGGAGAAGACGGAUGCGGUUGCGAAACGUCUGAUUGCUGGUGCGCUUGGAGUUAGGGCCCCGAAAAGAACGGAGGAGCAGAAGGCAUAUGACAAGGCUGCGAGAGAGAAGGAGACCAAGCGACGAGAAAAGGAAAAGGCAGAUGCUGCGAAGGCAGAAUUGGAGAAAGAAAAGGCUAAGGCUGCUGUCUGGGAGGAUUGA